AGGACCAUGAGGCCGACCGUGGGCAGCGCGCAGCUGCUGCUGCUGGCCUCCCUGGUGGGGGGCCCCGCCAGGUUGGUGCUGGCUAACAUCCAAGAAGAUGGGCCUGAAAAUAACAUUACCAUCUUUACAAGAAUUCUAGACAGACUUCUGGAUGGUUACGAUAAUCGGCUGAGACCAGGACUGGGAGACAGUAUUACUGAAGUCUUCACUAACAUCUACGUGACCAGUUUUGGCCCUGUCUCAGAUACAGAUAUGGAAUAUACAAUAGAUGUUUUCUUUCGACAAAAAUGGAAAGAUGAAAGGUUAAAAUUUAAAGGUCCUAUGAACAUCCUUCGACUUAACAAUUUAAUGGCUAGCAAAAUCUGGACUCCAGACACCUUCUUUCACAAUGGGAAAAAAUCAGUAGCUCAUAACAUGACAAUGCCCAAUAAACUCCUUAGGAUCCAGGAUGAUGGGACGCUGCUGUACACAAUGAGGCUUACAGUUCAAGCUGAAUGUCCAAUGCACUUGGAGGAUUUUCCAAUGGAUGCUCACUCAUGUCCUCUGAAAUUUGGCAGCUAUGCAUAUACAACCUCAGAGGUCACAUAUAUUUGGACUUACAAUGCCUCUGAUUCAGUCCAAGUUGCUCCUGAUGGCUCCAGGUUAAAUCAGUAUGACCUGUUGGGCCAAUCAAUUGGGAAGGAAACAAUUAAAUCCAGUACAGGUGAAUAUACUGUAAUGACAGCUCAUUUCCACUUGAAAAGAAAAAUUGGGUAUUUUGUGAUUCAAACAUACCUGCCUUGCAUCAUGACUGUCAUUCUCUCCCAAGUGUCAUUCUGGCUUAACAGAGAAUCUGUGCCUGCAAGGACUGUAUUUGGUGUAACGACUGUUCUAACAAUGACAACUCUAAGCAUCAGUGCUCGGAAUUCUCUCCCCAAAGUGGCUUACGCAACUGCUAUGGAUUGGUUUAUUGCAGUUUGUUACGCAUUUGUGUUCUCUGCCCUAAUUGAGUUUGCAACUGUUAAUUACUUCACCAAAAGAGGAUGGGCUUGGGAUGGGAAGAGUGUAGUGAAUGACAAGAAAAAAGAGAAGGCCACCGUCAUGAUACAGAACAAUGCCUAUGCAGUGGCUGUCGCCAAUUAUGCCCCGAAUCUUUCAAAAGACCCAGUGCUCUCCACCAUCUCCAAGAGUGCAACCACGCCCGAGCCCAACAAGAAGCCGGAGAACAAGCCAGCUGAAGCCAAGAAAACCUUCAACAGUGUUAGCAAAAUCGACAGAAUGUCCAGAAUAGUUUUCCCAGUUUUGUUCGGCACAUUUAAUUUAGUUUACUGGGCUACAUAUUUAAACAGGGAACCUGUAUUAGGGGUCAGCCCUUGAAUCUGGACACAGGUUGACUUUGGGACGCAUAGCACCAUUAAGCUCGGUUUGUUUUGCUAUGUACAGUCUGACUAAUAACUGCUAAUUUGUGAACCAACGUGUACAGUUUGUAUAUAGCUAUAUAGCUUAACAGUUCACCUCUAAAGGAGACACGCAUUUGCUAACUCAUGGAACUGUAGGCAGAAAGCUCCCCAUGCCCAAAUCAAGAUUUACCCCAGGAACUGGUUUAAGGUGGUUUCAGACGACCUGAUUCGAUGCCUCUUCUAACAGAGAUGAAACUGGAGAUCCUAUACCACACUUUAUGAACUCUUGACUUCGGUCUUGUGUAGGAGUGUUGUCUGCUGUUGCCUAACUGUAAUGUAAGAUAACAUUGUCAUUCCGAGAUAAAUUCUUCUAAAUAGCAGAACCUCAUAUCAGCAACAUCAGUCCCUUCCUGAGCGCUCAAAAUUCCUCGAGCAUAAUUGGAAGCUUAGUACACAUCAGAAGAAAAACUAGAGGUUUAACAUCAGCUUUUAAUUACUCUGUAUAGUACCUGCCUAUAGCCAUGUACAUAUGACCGCAUGACAAGCCCAAAUAAUUACAAGUAGGCCCUGACAGGAUGCCAGUUCUGCCUAGAAUAUAGUAACUAUCAGAAUGUCAUGCAUUAUAUUUUUAGCAUCAGAGUUUAUUCAGAAGUAAUAAUUGAACUCCUAAAGAUCAUUUUAAUCAUUGAAAACUAUCUUAAAUUAAAAGAAGUAAAAUGAAAUGUGUCUUA